CACUCUUGACUCGUGACUCAAACUGCGACUUGACUCACAACUGCUUCCCUGAUUGGGAGUCUCCGAUACAGUCACCAGUAAACACAAUCGUGAAUAUCGAUCGCGAAUGCACAUUAUUGGCAGCAGCCAGCUUUGCGAUUCCCUUUGCAUGCGUGCCCUCACAAUUCCCACCACUCGCGGGACUCUUCCACCUUGCCUGACUCGGCCUGCACCUUCGACCAUGACCUCCCUUCGCGCCUCGUCUUCUGUGCGCUCUGUGCUGACGAGCGUUGGCACUCGCCCAAGCCAAGUCAAGCUGAACAACAGCUCAUCCAUCCUUGCUCCACAUCGACACUUAUCCCUCGCAUGCUCCUCCCUCACCGCAUCGCACCGCUCGCACUCAUCGCCUUCUGCAAGAUGCGCCUGCUCCGCUCAAUCGGGAGCGCAAGUGUCGGGUCUAGGGACGCGGGGGGAUGGUGGUGAGAGGACAUACGCGACUGGGACCACACCCACUUGGAGCGUGGAUGAUCCUUCGGAAGUGGAGAGCCAGAAAUUCUUGCAGGCUGGAACGACGGCUUUGGAAGCUGGCGAUAUGGAGAGUGCAAAGAAAGCGUACGAGCAAUCUCUGGCUGUGAAAGAGAACGCCUCGGCUCACUUCAAUUUGGGAGUCUGUCGUUAUCACGCUCGUGAUUUGGAAGGGGCUGUAGCGUCUUGGGAAGCGGUGCUCAAGCUGGCCCCUCAAUCGCCAGAUGCCCACACCAACAUAGCCAGCUGCUACGUCCUUUCCAAACCUGCCAGACCAGAUCUAGCCCUGGAUCAUCUCAAGAAAGCUUCCGCUCUAGCUCCCGAAGAUGCAGAGAUUCACUACAACAUGGCAGCAGUGCUAGAAGCCGUAGAGAAUCUGGAAGAGUGCCUGGUAGCGUAUCAGAGAGCGUUAGCCGGUGGUAUAAACAGGGCCGAGCAGAAUAUCAGAAAUGUUCAGGCAAAAAUUCUGGGCGCCAAGGCGGCAAACGAAGCGAACGCUGACAAGGUUGCCAAGCCCGAACUGGAAGAGAAGCACUAAAGCCAGCAGCAGCAGGGUUCAGCUGCGAAAUCGCAAGCGCGCACGACGAGGGAUGCAGAAAGGCAAGCUUAAUGAGUCUCGAUUGUCUCUAGCGAGCGGCGCGCGGGUAUACCAGGACAUUUCGGGUCGGUCAUGGGGAAAGGCAAUGAAUGGAUGAAUGGGCUCAAGGAGCCAUCGAAAGAAGUGGGUGCUGCGUCAAUGUUGUCAACGGAAAGAGACAAGGUGCAGUGCCAACUACCGGUUGAGAAGGUCCUUGAUGGACAUACCGCCGCCGUUGAUUGGCCUGUCGCCAGUCGCAGUCAGAGAGCCAGGUCUGCUCGCAGGUGCUCUGCUCUGUCGAUCCGAUGCCGCGCCACUGUCCACCUCGUACUUUUGCAUCGGCCUCGAGCCGAGUGUCCUUGGUGCAGCAUUGGUCGU